AUGGGCAAGUCGGGUUUGCUAAUGUUUCCACAAAAACGUCGUUGGUUUACAAUAGUUCUCGUCGUUCUUUUACUUAUUACUUCUAUUACGUUUAUUCAUAAUGAUAUCGAUUUAAAUCUACUUUUUUACACUUCUAAGAAUUUGAAAAUAUUACCUAACGUAAUCGGGACAAUUUCCUUCGAAGAAAAACGACAGACAGUCAAAGUCUGUUGCCUCGUUCUAACAACACCCAGUAAUUUUCUAACUCGGGCAAAAGCCGUCAAUGAAACGUGGGGAAAACGAUGCGAUGGACUCUACUUCAUAACGGAAAUGGAAAAGAAGUCAAUGUCUACUUAUGAUUUACCAAUAGCACCAAUUCCAAAUAUAAUAAGUGGCUAUUGGCAUUUAACUCUGAAAUCACGAUUAGCCUUUAUAUACGCGUAUGAAAAUCUCUACUCAAAAUAUGACUGGUUCAUAAAAGCUGAUGAUGAUACGUACAUUAUCGUCGAACAUCUCAAAGAUUUUUUAUAUGAACAAAAUGCAUCUCAACCUAUUACAUUUGGCUACAAUUUUAAAGUACUUGUUAAACAAGGAUAUCAUAGUGGUGGAGCAUCGUAUGUCCUCAGUAAGGAAUCACUCAAGCGAUUUUUUGAAGAAACCAGAAAAUCGAAUAGUGUUUGUAAAGUAGAUGGAGGAUCAGAAGAUGUAGAAAUCGCCGCUUGUCUACGAUUACAAGGCGUCUAUCCUGGUGAUGCGUUAGACAAAGAGAACAAAGAAUUAUUUCAUCCACUAAAUUUUAUAGCUCAUUUUGCAGGAAAAUUUCCCGAAUGGAUGUUCAGUUAUGCAAAAUAUCCACUACAAAGCAUGACACAUUUACUCUUACGAAUUAUCCCAGAAGUUGAAAUGUGA